AUGGAAUCACUUGGCGCACUGACCUUUGGGUUUAAUCUUUUCAAAGAACUGAAUAGAGACAAUAAUGGCAACAUCUUCUUUUCCCCUGCGAGCAUCUUAGCGGCUGUUGGCAUGCUCCUCUUGCGAACCCGGGGAGCCCCCGCUGACCAGCUGCAGAAGGUGCCGCUCUCUGAAAAAGACACAGAUAGCUCCAGAAUCAAAGCUGAAGAAAAAGAGAUUGAGAAGACCGAAGAGAUACAUCAUCAAUUCCAAACAUUUUUGAGUGAAAUAAGCCAACCCAAUAAUAAUUAUGAGCUGAAAGUAGCCAACAGGCUAUUUGGAGAGAAGACAUACCUUUUUCUUCAAAAAUACUUAGAUUAUGUUGAAAAAUAUUAUCAUGCUUCCCUGGAACCUGUUGAUUUUGUAAAUGCAGCAGAUGAAAGUCGAAAGAAGAUUAAUUCCUGGGUUGAAAGCCAAACACAUGAAAAAGUCAAGGACCUGUUUCCAGAUGCCACUCUAAGCAGCACCACAAAGCUGGUGCUGGUGAACAUCGUGCAUUUUAAAGGACAAUGGGACAGGGAGUUUAAGAAAGAACAUACCAAGGAGGAGGAAUUUUGGCUGGAUAAGAACACAAGUAAACCUGUGCAGAUGAUGACCCAGCGCAACUCCUUCAGCUUCACUCUCUUGAAGGACCUGCAGGCCCAAAUUCUGGGGAUUCCAUAUAAAAACAGUGACCUAAGUAUGUUCGUGUUGCUGCCCGAUGACAUUGAUGGUCUGGAGAAGAUUAUAAAUGAAGUAAGUCCUGAGAAAUUAGUAGAGUGGACUAACCCAGGGCAGAUGAAGGAAAGGACUGUGGAUUUGCACUUGCCCCGUUUUGAAGUGGAAGAUAGUUACGAUCUGGAGGCGGCACUGGGCGCCAUGGGGCUGGGGAAUGCCUUUAGUGAGCUGGAGGCUGACUAUUCAGGCAUGUCCCCACGUUCAGGGCUGCAUGCCCAGAAGUUUCUGCACGGGUCCUUUGUGGUGGUGUCCGAGGAAGGUACAGAGGCUGCAGCAGGCACUGGGAUGGGCUUUGCGGUCACAUCAGUGCCCAAUUAUGAAACUUUUCACUGCAAUCAUCCCUUUCUGUUCUUCAUCCGGCACAAUGAGUCCAACAGCGUCCUCUUUUUUGGCAAAUUUUCAUCUCCUUAG